AUGUCCUCUAUACUAAAAAGCAUACCAUCAAAGAGCCGGUUAUUAGAAGUGAGAAAGCUUCGUGCAGAAAUAUUUGAUGAAUUUUGGAACCCAACAGCAAAGAGAAAUCCUACAAAAAUAUUGAAAGCACCCUUGAAGGGACCAGAGGUGGUGAAAUACUAUGGAGACAACAAUGCUGUGCCGACAUUCAAAGAUUUCAAAAAAUGGUUUCCAGAAUUGAAAUUGGUGGAUCCUCGAGAAGCUCACAGGACGUUUAUGGUUGAAGAUAGAAAGAGGAGGAAUAAAGGUGCUCCAAAGAAGAAGAAAGCUUAG